AUGAGUCGAAAUAUAUCAAAUGUUCGACGUAAAGAUGAUUUGGACGAAUAUUGGUUUGAAAAAAUUGCUGUUACAACAAAGACUGCUGAAGAAAUUCGUGAACAUACAAUUCAAGAAGAUCUACCACCUGUCGCCAGAACAUUAACCAUGCUUGAUUCUCGAUGUGAUAUUCAACGUGGUGUUGGUAUUCGUUCUAUUCCAUCUGUAAUUAUUUCUGAUCGAGAUGAAACAUUUCGUCGUAUAUUACCUAUAUUUAAAUUAAUUAUUGAACAAACAGUUGAUAGUGGAGAACAUUCCGUAGCAGCAGAAACAAUUGUUUCUCUAAUACAACAACAAUCAUUAUCUUAUUCGGAAUUUAUGUCAUUAUUUUCACAAACGAUUUGCACAUUAUUAUUUCCGGCUACUACGAACCGUUUUUCAUUAGAUUUUGGUGAUAUAUGGUGUCAAACAUUAUGCAAUAUAAUUGAUGCUUUUCCAAAUACAACUUCAUUUACUUCGUUACUUGAUUUAAUCUUUAAUAAUAGUUUACAUGGUUCAUAUGUUCGAGAUCGAUUAGCAAUAAUUUUAGCUAAAUUAUCAUGUCGAUUGAAUUCACAAAUCAUUGAAAAUCGUUUAUUGCCUGUAUUCAAAAAUUUUAUCAAUGAUACUAAUGCUGAUAUUCGUGCACUUGCUUGUCAAAAAUUACCAAUUCUUGCUCAAUCAUUCGAUUAUAGUCAAAUAUUAAAUUUGAUAUUACCAUUACUUGUUAUAUUAUCUAAAGAUGAUAAUUUAACUGUACGUCAAACAUGUUUUGAAUCCUUACUUGAUCUUAGUAAUAAUUUCGAUGAUUCGAGAUCCAUUGAGCAAAUUAGUGAAAUGAUUAUUUCACUUAUCAAAUUUGGUUUAUCAUCAAGAACAUCGAAAUUUGUUACAACAAUUGCAUUACGUCUUUCUGAUUUAUGUCAUGCAUUGAUUAUUUUUCAAAUUGAUGAAUAUAAAUUCAUUUAUGAAGUUUUUUUAAGAUUAAGUCAAGAAAAAAAUUUUCCAGAGUGUCGAUUAGCUUGUGCAAAACAUUUUUCGUCAAUUAUUGAUUAUCUUGGUCAUGAUGAGUUAACAAAUGAAUUAGAAAAAUUAUUUUUUGAUUUAUGUCAUGAUAAUGAUACAAAAAUUUGUUCAAUUAUGCCAUCAACAAUAAUUAAUCUUACAAAAUUAUAUAAUAAUAAUAAUAAUAAAGAAGAGAAAUAUAUGUCAAUAAUAUGGAAUGGUUUUUUAUUGUUAUUAAAUAAUUCACAUUUUGAUGUUAUGCUUUCAUUAGCAAGAAAUUUAUUAAAUAUUUUUAUUGCAUUUUCAAGAGAUGAAAAUGAAGGUUUUUUACAUGGAUCAAUUUGUUCAAUACCAACAAUUGCUGAUUCAGAAACAUUUAUAAAUCAACUAUUAGAAUAUGAACGACGAAUAUUUGAAAAUACACUAUCAUGGCGUUCAUGUAUAUUAUGUCUUCAAGCAUUUGUUCAUUUAUCAUAUUUAUUAUCAAGUGAACAAAUUCAAACAAAAAUUUUACCACGUAUUUUGUCGCGUAUAUAUAGUAAACAAGUUUGUGUACGUGAAAUAGCUGUUGAUAGUUAUGUUCAAUUAUUAAGAAAAAUUCCACGACGAUCAAUAAGACGAGGUGCAUUUCAAAAAUUAAAAACUGAUCUUUUAUUUAAUAAAUCUUAUCAAUGGCGUAUUAUGUAUAUAAGAGUAUGUCGACAAAUACUUGUUCAUUAUUCAAAACGAUUUUUUAAAGAAAAUUUUCUUGAUACAAUUCUUUCAAUUGAAUAUGAUCCUGUUUUAAGUGUUCGAAUUCAAUUAGUUCCAUUACUUAUUGAAAUAAAAUCUAUUCUUCGUUUGCCAGCUGAUAGUCAAUCAAUAUUAAAAAUAGAAACAAUGAUGGAAUAUUUUCUUGCUGAUAAAACAUUAACAUUACAUGAUCUUGCAAAUAAUGGUCUUUUACAAUUAGAUCAAAUACGUUCAUAUAAUAUAUUACCAGUAUUUUCAAAUCAUUCAUCUGAUGAUAAUAAUGAUAAAAAAAAAGAAAAUGAAGAAUAUUCACUUGAUGAAAUUGAUAUAUCAUCACGUCGUUCAUUAAGUAAAUCAAAUGAUCAAUAUACAAUAUCAAAACGUCUUACAGAUACAUCAAUAUCAAAUAAACAAACAACACCAUUACGAAGUGCAAGAUUAUUAAAAACAUCAUUGGAUAUUCCUCAACGAAAAUCAUCCUUACCUGCAGAUACAAAUAAUGAAAUGAAAGAUAAUAAAAUUUCUUUAAUAAAACAACGACGUCGACAAACUUUUACUGAUAAUACAAUGUCAACAACAUCGUCACGUUUGUCCAAUCAAACACCAACAAAGAAAAAUUCCAAAUAAAUACAUACGACAGACGGGGCAAAUCGACGGCAUUCGGACACGGACACAGUGAUGCAACAAAUUCACCAUCCCCGCACGAUAGAGCCUACUCGACAUACAUUCAAUUUGGGCUUUGCUGAAAAUGAUGUACCACAAUUAUUUUGUCAAUUGGAUGUACUUCGUCGAUCAGAAGAAGGAGUUGAAUAUGCUUAUUGGAAAGAGAAAGCACGUUGGGUACGUUUUGAAGAAAUAGCAGAAAAUGUUCUUGGUCGUUGGUCAAAACCUCAUGUAGCAACAUUGAUGCAAACAGCUUUAUCAGAUUUAAAAAGUUUAGUAAAUAAUGGAAUUAUUCUUCUUAAUGUUCAAGGAACUGAUUUAACAGCAAUUUCACAAACAAUUGGUCAAGCACUUAUUGAUUCGAAUUAUAUUGAUGAUGUAGAUAAAGCUCAAAAAAUUGUUUGGAUUCUUGGUUUACCACAUUUUCAUCAUCAUGAAAAACGUUCUGUUAUGAAAACUGCAAGUUCAGUUAGUUUAAGUAAACAAGGUCUUCAUCAAAGUCCAAGUUUUAUUAUUAAUCAUCUUUCACGACGAGAUGAUGAAGUUGAUAAUGCACAAGAUAUGUCAGCACUACAUUUAAUUAGUAAACCAUCAACUCAAGAUAUGUUAUUAGCCGAACAUAGUGAAACAAAUGGUACGCCAGAACGAUCGGCCAAGGAUUAUAAUGUAAAAUUACAACGAAAAUUAAGUCGUAAAACUGAAGGUGCAUCUAUAUUAAUAUGUCCAAUUGAUUUUGUUCGUGAAUCAGCAAUUGUAUUUGUACGUCUUGAAAAUGCUAUUGAAUUAUUAGGAAUGCUUGAAAUAAAACUUUAUUCACGUUUCGUUGUUCUUUUAAUUGGACCUGAAGAAAAUGAAAAACAAUUAUUACAAGUUGGACGAACAGUGGCAACAAUAUUAACUGAUGAUAUAUGUAGAGAAUUUGCUUAUACAUCAAAAGAUUCUCAAGGUAUUUUGGAUAUGAUGGAUAGAUUUAUGCAAGAUACAUAUGUUCUUCCACCAUCGGAAUGGGAUCCAACAAUUCGUAUUGAACCACCGUCACAAUAUAUGAGCAAAGAACAACGACAAGCUCAAGUACCAACAGAAACAGUAGGACAAGUUGAGGAGAUUGAUUUAACUCCUCAUACAGAUCCAAAUUUAAAAGCAUCAAAAAGACCAUUUCAUGGUCUUUUCGUCGAUAUUAAAAAUAAAAUACCAUUUUAUAUAUCUGAUUUUACUGAUUGUGCUAGUUUACAAUGUAUAGCAGCUACACUUUAUUUAUAUCUUGUUUGUCUUUGUUCAGUUGUUGCUUUUGGUGGUAUGCUUGGAACGGCAACAGAAAAUUAUAUGGCUACAAUGGAAUGUAUUCUUUCAGCUUCAAUCAGUGGUAUUCUAUAUGCUUUAUUUUCUGGUCAACCAUUAAAUAUUCUUUCGGCAACUGGUCCUAUGUUAAUUUUAGAACGUAUAUUAAAACAUAUGUGCGGAGAUUAUCAUCUUGAUUUUCUUGAAUUUCGUUUAUGGAUUGGUGUUUGGGUAUUUGUACUUUUAUUUAUAUUUGUUGUAUUUAAUUUAAGUUUUCUUGUUAAAUAUAUAACACGUUUUACUGAAGAUUGUUUUGCAUCAUUAGUUGCAACAAUAUUUAUUUAUGAUGCUAUACGUGAAAUUUUAAACAUUCGUAAAACAUAUCCAAUUAAUUAUGAACGAAAUAGUAUAUUUAAUUAUACAUGUUCAUGUGUAAAUAUAACUUCAAUUCAUAAUAAAACAAUAGUUCAUGAUACACAUAUGAUAAAUUAUUUAUUAAGUACAACAAAUUUAAAUCAAACAUUUCAAAAUGCAUGUAUAAACGUAGGUGGUUCUAUAAUUGGUCCAAAAUGUUCACCACCUGUUUAUUAUGCUGAUAUAUUCUUUUAUUCUUUAAUUUUAUUUAUGAUUACAUUUUCUAUUUGUAUGGGUUUACAAGAAUUUCGUCAUAGUAAAUUUUUUCCAUCAAAAAUUCGAACUAUUCUUGGAGAUUUUUCUGUAUUAAUUGCUAUAGUAUUAAUGUCAGGAUGGGAUUCUUAUUUACAUUUAAAUACACCAAAAUUAAAAGUACCAAAUGAAUUAAAACCAACAUUACCACAUGAACGUGGAUGGUUAAUACCAUUUUUUGGUAAAAAUCCUAUAUGGUCAAUACCAAUAGCAAUUAUUCCAGCAUUAAUAGCAACAAUACUUAUAUUUAUGGAUCAACAAAUAACAGCUGUUAUUAUAAAUCGAAAAGAAUUUAAAUUAAAAAAAAAACUUGGUUAUCAUCUUGAUUUAUUUGUUUUAUCUCUUACAGUAUUAUUGCAAUCAUUACUUGGUUUACCAUGGUUUGUAGCAGCUACAGUUUUAGCAUUAACACAUGUUAAUGCAUUAAAAAUUAUGAGUGAAAAUACAGCACCAGGAGAAAAACCAAAAUUUGAAGGCAUUAUUGAACAACGUGUUAGUGCACUUUUAAUGGCUAUUUUAACUGGUCUAAGUGUAUUCUUCACUAAUGUUUUAGCUCAUAUCCCAAUGCCUGUUCUUUAUGCUGUUUUCAUGUUUAUGGGUGUAUCAGCUCUACGAAAUAUGCAAAUUUUUGAUCGAGUUUUAUUAAUGUUUAUGCCACAAAAACAUCAACCUGAUUAUCCAUAUUUACGUCAUGUACGUAUAACACGUGUUCAUUUAUUUACGGCUAUACAAGUUGUUUCACUUGCUGGUAUGUUUGCUAUAAAAAGUGUUAAAUCAAUCGCAAUUGGUUUUCCAGUAUUGGUACUUGCAACAUGUUUUGUACGUAAAUUAAUGGAUAAAAUAUUUACACAAGAAGAACUUUUUUGGCUUGAUGAUAUAUUACCUGGUACUAAACUUGGUCGUGUUCGUCGUACAUCAGCUGCUCGUCAUGUUCAUAUGGAAAAAAAAAAUAAUGAUGAUGAUAAUAAUGAAACAAUAACAAUUAUAAAAGAUACAUCAAUGAAACAAGAUUAUAUCAAUGAUGGUCAUAUGCCAACUAGUGAUUCUGAUCAAUCACAUGCUCCAUUGAUUGUUGUCACAGAAGCAUUACCAUCAGAGGAAUUAGAAGAAGAAGAAAAAACUGAAGAAGCUGAACAUUUAAUUCAUCGUGAAUUACCACCAGAACAAUAUCAUAAUUCUAAUGGUAAUAUGAAACAUAAAAUUGGUUCCACAUCGGUAUAA